ACUGGAGAGGUUCGCUGGAGAGAUAGUUUACAGGAGGAUUAAGCAAAAAUGAAGAUCGUCUGCACGUUUUUUCUGGUCCUUUGUCUUCAUCAUAUGUCGACUGUCAUGGCUCAGGAGUGCUCGUCGACCCAGGACUUGCUGAACUCGUUGCGUCAGGUGCAGAAGAUGCUGGCGGUGCAGGAGGCCUCGUACCAGGAGGGUCUGAAAGCCCUCAGGAAAAAGCUCAACGCUCUGCACAACAGUACCAUGGCCUUCUUCAGAGCUGGGAAGAACUUGACGUGCCCUAAGCCCGACCCCCCCACUCAUGGGCGCAGGCUGGGCCGGGUGUUUGAGGUGGGCCAUGAGGUGCACUUCAUCUGUAAACCUGGGUAUGAGCUGAUCGGACCCCGCACCAGGGUCUGCCAGGAGAGCCUCAAGUGGAGCGGGCAGCAGCCAAUGUGCCAACGCUUCAACUCCAGCUCUCCCUCCCUCCUGUUCUUGUCUUCUGGGGCCUCCUCUUCAUCUCUGCCCAUGUCGGCCGCUCUCUCUGCAUCUUCAAAGUCUUCCUCAUCAUCGUCUUCAUCAUCUGUGGCUUCCCCUUCAACUCUCCUGUCCUCCUCCACCUCACCAGCACCCUCCUCUGUUCGCCCAUCUCACUGCACUCACUUUUUGGGCUCCACACGCUGCACCUGUGAUGUGGGGUUCACCAUUUCGGGCCGGGACAAUAAUAUUUGUACAGACAUAGAUGAAUGCCUGUUGUUCCCCCUGGGCCAGCCUGGGCGCCUCUGUGUCCAUCAGUGUGUUAACACUCCCGGGAGCUUCCACUGCUACUGUCCCCGUGGAUAUGACUUGUCUGCAGACGGACGCAGCUGCUCAGACAUUGAUGAGUGUGAAACCCGGAUGCACAACUGCACCGCGGAGCAGGUCUGUGUGAACACCUAUGGAGGGUUCCAGUGCGUCAAAGUGGAGUGUCCCAACAUGAAGAAUGCCACCUACAUCAAGACCUCAUCUAUGCGCUGUGAGAGGAACCCAUGCAUGUUUGGGGACAAAGCAUGCUCCCAGGCCCCUUCCUCCAUCUCCUUCCACUUCCUGUCUCUGGUGUCCAACCUUUCGGCCCCGCGGGUGCUGUUCCGGGUGUCUGCGGCGCGGGUGCUGGGUGACACGCUGAGGUUCGGCCUGGGUGGGGGCAGGGGGCGGGGCCACUUCAGCGUGCAGAGAUCUGGCAGGCAGACGGGCACGCUGCUCCUGGUUCAGCCAAUCUCGGGGCCUGCCACUCUGGAGGCCGAGGUGGAGAUGAGCGAGCUGGAGAGGAGUGAGCUGCUGGGACGGUACCUCACCAAAGUCACGCUGUUUGUGUCGCCAUAUGAGUUUUAGAGAAAGGGAGGAGGGUAGUAACGUCUGGAGGGCAUUUUAAGCAUCUUUUGUGUGCAGUAAGGAAGGGAUGUGCAAUCAGUUUAAAUUUAAAUGUAUUUGGUGGUUACAAUUACUGCCCUAAUCUAUUUCAAAUCAAUUCAAACCACGGUACCUCACCAAAGUCACUCUGUCGCCAUAUGACUUUUAGGGGAGGAGGAUAGUAACGUUUGGAAGACAUUUUGAUCAGGGCUGCACGAUAUGAGAAGAAGAUGCGAUAUUCGAUAACUUUUGUAUGGUGAUAAUGAUAUUAUUGAC